AUCGCGAGGCCAGCAGAUCGGUACGUUUGCGAGAAAAAAUCAAGCCAAACAAAAUGUUUCAUAUUCAAAAUAAAAAAAUAUAUUUCCAAACCAUAAAUACACAGUAGUUAUGUAAUUACAGUGACGGGAUAACUAAAUAUAGGAUAAAACAAAACAAUGCGAUAUUAAAAAUUACACAGAAUACAAUCUUACAGUAUUUCGUUUAUUUAUAAAUUUAUUUUUAAUUAAAAUUUACAAUAUUACGUAAAAACUAAGUGUAUAUUAUUAGAUCUGAGGGAUGCUUUGACACCUACUCUAGGUGAGCCUGUGUCGUAGGUGUCAUCACCGCCCAGGAAUCAUCCAGGAGGAAAUGUAAAUCAAAAUAACUUUUAGUGGCAAAUAAACACUGUGACUGCAAAUUAGUGAAAUUAGUGUAUUGUUAUUAAAUUUUAUAAGUGCUACAUUAAGAUAAUAGACAACGAAAUGGUUUUAAAAGUGGAUUUCGAAGCGCAGACUCCAACUGUAAGUCGGUUGCGAUCAAUUACAUCACAGUUCAUAGCAUGUUUGUCAUCAUAUCUGCUGUUACUGGAUCUGGGGCUCGCAGUAAACUUCUCGACAAUCAUGAUGCCUGCUCUACUCAACGCUAAAGAAGGUUUAUCUCUAACUGAAACACAGGCGUCUUGGUUUGGGAGUAUGUCCUUCUUGACUCAACCAGCUGGAGCUUUGAUGUCUGGUCCGAUAGUUGACUUCUUCGGCCGGAGAAGAGCUAACUUUAUCUCAAACAUUCCGAUACUGGUGGCGUGGAUUCUUAUGUACUUCUCCUGGAACCUGCCUUCUCUCUUCGCUGGCAGUGCUUUGUUGGGGAUCAGUUUAGGGAUCAUGGAAGCACCUAUCAACUCAUAUGUUGGGGAAAUAAGUGACCCGUCAGUCCGAGGAGCACUGUGUACUGUGACGCAGUUCGCUGCAUCAUUGGGCAUCCUCCUCAUGUACUACCUCGGCACUGUCGUUGACUGGAGGAGCGCUGCGCUCAUUUGUCUCAUCGCACCCGUUGCUUCGAUGGUCAUGGUUAUUUUUGCUCCAGAAACCCCAGUAUGGCUGCUAGCGAGAAACCGAGAGAAAGACGCACUGAAGUCCCUCUGCAAAGUCCGAGGCUGGACCUCACCGGAGCAAGUUAAGGCCGAGUUUGAUGGACUCAACACCUACAGCAAGAAUAUGCCGAAGUGUGUAAUAUGCUGCAACACGAACCAAGAGCAGAAGACAUGCAAACACGAGUCCAUGAACUGGUUUGUCAGGCGCAUCCUAACAAUUAGGUAUGUGAUGUUCUGCAAAGAAACCCUGAGGCCACUCUCGCUGGUGAUCAUGUACUUCCUCUUCUUCGUGAUGUCUGGACUGGUGCCCAUCCGACCCAACAUGAUCAACCUUUGCGGUGCUCUUGGCAUGACGGGAGAUGGGAAACACAUUGCGUUCAUGGUCGGACUCAUCACCUUCAUAACAACAUUCGUCGUCAUCGGCCUGAUCAAAGUUUUCGGAAAACGCAAGCUUUCGAUUGCCUCUCUUCUUGGAAGUGCGAUCAGCUGCCUGUUACUCAGCAUAUAUGCCAAGAGAAACCUGGACGGCUCCGUGUCUUCAUAUGACCCUUCUACGUUUCCGACCCAGACUAGCUUCGUGCCUGUAAUUUUAUUGUAUUCAUUGACGGUAUUCACUGGAUUGGGUAUUCCAUGGGUACUGCUUGGUGAAAUAUUUCCUUUUAGAAGUCGAGCCUCAGCCCAAGGCAUCUCCGCUGCAAGUAACUACGCAUUCUCUUUCAUUGGUGCAAAAACUUUCAUCGACUUAGAGACCAAUUUCAUGAUCUGGGGAGCUUUCGCCGUGUACGCAGUGUUUGGCUUUUUAGGCACCAUUUACUUGUACUUCUUCUUACCGGAGACUGAAGGAAAGUCGUUGCAGGAAAUAGAGGACAUGUAUAAAGGGGAAAUGAGGAUUUUCGCUGACGAUCCAAUCAUAAACUGUGUCAGAAGAUGUAGGAGAUGACAAUUUUUAAGACGUCUUUACCAUUUAUUAACUACAAUAAAGGACUACUAAAGUA